AUGGCAACGAGAAAAUUUCUUGAUGUAAGUUCAUUAUCAUUUGUACAAGGUUUGGAUAUUAGUGUGAAAGAAAGUCCUAUUGCCAAACAUUCAAUACGUGGCAUUCGUGGUCGUUCAAUAUUUCUUCGAAUUCCAUUUAUAUGUGAUAAACUUCAAUAUCAAUAUACACUACGAUGAUUAGUCGAUUUGUGUGAUGAAAAUAUAACGGAAUUACAGCUUCCAAAUGGAAAAGAUGAUCAACUUGAAAAAGAAUUACAGAAGAAAGAAGCUGCAGUUAGUAUCACAGAUAAAAUAGCGGAAAGCACACAUGUAAGCAAUAUUAAUCAAUUUUUUGUUUCAAUUGCUAAUGAUACAACAAUUAAAAAUUUGAUUGGUGGUGAUGCACUUUAUCGUCGGAUAAUUGAAGCUGCUAACAAGAAAGAAAAAUGA